AUGGUGAGGGUGCCGUACGUGACCGCGGUGACCACGCUCUUCAGCUUCGGCCUCAUCUUCGCCUUCGGCCACCUCCGCGACAGCUUCCGCGGCCUGCUCAUCCGGUUCCUCCUCGCCGGCGACGACGACUCUCCGGCCGGCGGCAACCCCAAGGGUUACGCGCCGAUUUGCGUGGGGAAGGAGGAUUUCUACAUCCGCCGCUUCUUCCGCCGCAUCCAGGACUGCUUUGGGCGACCAAUAGCCAGCAAGCCGGAUGCAUGGUUCGAUGUGGUUGAGCGCUACUCAACUGACAGCAACAAGACACUGCACCGUACAACGAGAACAUCCAAGUGCCUGAACCUGGCUUCCUUCAACUACCUUGGUUUUGCUGCAGCUGAUGAGUACUGCACCCCUCGAGUCAUUCAGUCUCUGAAGAAAUACUCUGCUAGUACCUGCAGUUCUCGAGUCGAUGGAGGCAACACUCUGCUGCACAUUGAACUCGAAGAGAUGGUUGCAAGAUUUGUCAGAAAGCCUUCAGCCAUUCUGCUUGCAAUGGGUUAUGCCACGAACUCUGCCAUCAUCCCUGCGUUGAUUGGAAAGGGAGGCCUGAUAAUCAGUGACUCACUGAACCAUAAUUCUAUAGUCAGUGGAGCUAGAGCUUCGGGAGCUACGAUUCGGGUUUUCCAGCACAACAAUGCUGCUCACCUGGAGACCCUGCUGAGAGAGCAGAUUGCAAGUGGUCAGCCUCGAACACACAGGGCAUGGAAGAAGAUUCUGGUGAUUGUUGAGGGGAUAUACAGCAUGGAAGGGGAGCUUUGCAAACUCCCUGAGAUUAUCUCUGUCUGCAAGAAAUACAAGGCUUACACAUACAUGGACGAGGCACACAGUAUUGGAGCUGUUGGAAAAACAGGAAGAGGCGUGUGUGAGCUACUAGGAGUGGAUCCAGCUGAUGUUGACAUUAUGAUGGGCACACUCUCAAAGUCAUUUGGAUCGAGUGGAGGCUACAUUGCAGCAUCAAAAGAGAUUAUUCAGCAUCUCAAGCUUACUUGCCCUUCCCAUAUCUAUGGCACAUCCAUGUCACCUCCAGCUGUCCAGCAGGUCAUCUCUGCAAUGAAGGUUGUUCUUGGGGAGGAUGGAACUGACAGAGGGAUCAAGAAGAUUGCUCAGAUUAGGGACAAUAGCAAUUUCUUCCGUUCAGAGCUUCAGAGAAUGGGUUUUGAGGUUCUUGGAGACAAUGACUCACCUGUAAUGCCUUUCAUGGUCUACAAUCCAGCUAAAAUGCCUGCAUUUUCAAGAGAGUGCCUGAGGCAAAAUGUUGCCGUUGUUCCGGUUGGAUUUCCUGCUACACCACUACUUCUUGGCAGAAUUAGGAUAUGCAUAUCUGCUUCCCACACAAGGGAGGAUCUUAUCAAAGGAUUGGAGGUUAUAAGCAAAGUUGGUGAUCUUGUCGGAAUAAAGUAUUUCCCGGUUGAGCAAGAGGAGACUACAUCUAUUGAGAAACAGAAGAAGCUUCGGUGAACAAUUUGGUGUCUGUUGUGCUAGAUCUACCUCAAUUCUUUUAUUACACACCAACAGACAUUAGAAAUUACCCAAGUUACUAUUUUGCAAAUAAAUCUCUGAAAACAUGUAAACUUCCUUUCUUUUUUUUUGAAGCCCCCAUGUAAACUUCCU